UCAGUAGUGAGUGAGUGCUGCGAGAGGGAGAAUUAUUGUUGGGAGUUCACAUGCGCGCAGCUGUUUUUACUCGGGUCGCCUGCCUGAACAGUGUGAGAGUGCGAAUUCGUUCGGGGGGAGAAUUCGUAGCGUGGAGCGAAGCAUUAUUCUCCAAACGACCGUGAAUCGAUUAGGAUAGAAAAUUCGUUCGAUCCUGGACCUGCCUUUCGAGGGACAGUAGCAGUGCAGUGUGCGUUUGUAGUGAUUUGUGUUUGAGGCAAAAGUGAAAAUCACCAGUGGAAAUCAAAAGUGACACAAUGCCCUCGGAACCGAAGGUUUUCAACCCGCACCCCGAUGUCGCCUCCAAGGCGUACAUCAACAGCAUGGAGCAGUAUCAGGAGUUUUAUCGUCAGUCCAUCGAAAAUCCGGGUCAAUUUUGGAGCAACGUAGCGAAACAGUUCCACUGGGAAACUCCCUACGAUCCGAAGAAUUUCUUCUCGUAUAAUUUCGACAUCUCGAAGGGUCCAAUCUACGUGAAAUGGAUGGAGGGGGCUUCAACCAAUAUCUGCUAUAAUCUACUGGAUCGGAAUGUUAAGAAUGGCCUGGGCGACACGGUGGCCUAUUACUGGGAAGGCAACCAUCCGGAUGACUUCAGUCGCCUAACGUACCGCAAGCUGCUCGAAGAGGUAUGCCGCUUUGCCAACGUUCUCAAGGCCCACGGCGUCCAGAAGGGCGAUCGCGUAUCCAUCUACAUGCCCAUGACGAUGGAACUGCCGGUGGCGAUGCUGGCCUGCGCCCGGAUCGGUGCCGUCCACUCGAUUGUGUUUGCAGGAUUCUCGUCGGAUUCGCUUGCCGAGCGGAUGCACGAUUGCCAAGCGAAGGUGCUGAUCACCGCCGAUGGGGCGUGGCGAGGAGAGAAGAUCCUCCAUUUGAAGGAUAUCUGCGAUCAGGCGAUAACCAAGGCCGAUGAAAUGGGACACCAUGUGGAUACUUGUAUUGUUGUGGCACACAUCAAUCGGGUUACACCCGGCAAGCCUGAUUGGGAUGGAACGUUUGAUACCCCAUGGACAGAGGAUCGUGACUUCUGGUGGCAUCAGGAGAUGGAAGAAGCCGAAGCGGCUUGCUACCCAGAAUGGAUGGCAGCGGAGGAUCCGCUGUUUAUGUUGUACACCAGUGGUUCGACCGGCAAACCGAAGGGAGUUCUGCAUACAACUGCUGGAUAUCUGAUGUACGCAGCGACGACCUUCAAGAUCGUAUUUGACUACAAACCGCAUGAUGUGUAUUGGUGCACUGCUGAUAUCGGUUGGAUUACCGGUCAUACCUACGUGCUGUAUGGGCCACUGGCGAAUGGAGCUACGUCUGUGAUGUUUGAAGGAACUCCCUUCUUCCCGGAUACGGAUCGCUAUUGGGAGGUUGUAGACAAGUACAAGGUAACGCAGUUCUACACGGCACCAACGGCGCUGCGAUCUCUGAUGAAGUUUGGCGAUGAGCCUGUGAAGAAACACGACCUCUCUUCACUGAGAGUCCUCGGAAGUGUCGGAGAACCGAUCAAUCCGGAAGCGUGGAUGUGGUACUACAAGGUGGUAGGCAAGGAGAAAUGCUCGAUUGUGGACACCUUUUGGCAAACGGAAACCGGAGGUCACGUGAUAACUCCACUCCCGGGAGCAACUCCCAUGAAACCGGGAUCAGCUUCGUUCCCGUUCUUUGGAGUUAAACCAACUCUGCUGGAUGAAAGUGGCAACGAAAUCCACGGUGAAGGAGAAGGUUAUCUGGUUUUCUCGCAACCCUGGCCAGGAAUGAUGCGAACUCUGUACAAUAAUCACCCCCGGUACGAGUCUACGUAUUUCUCAAAGUUUAAUGGAUAUUACUGUACCGGAGAUGGUGCCCGACGGGAUGCGGACGGCUACUACUGGGUCACAGGCCGUGUGGACGAUAUGCUCAACGUUUCCGGUCACCUGAUGUCAACGGCCGAAGUGGAGUCCGUGCUCACUGAACAUUCUCGCGUAUCGGAAGCUGCAGUUGUCUCUCGGCCGCAUCCGGUGAAAGGUGAAUGUCUGUACUGCUUCAUCACUCCGAACCAGAACGAAGCCUUUGACAAGACGCUAAUCAACGAACUGAAGAUUCUGGUCCGGGAACGAAUUGGUCCAUUUGCCCAGCCGGACGUGAUCCAGCAUGCUCCCGGACUACCGAAGACCCGAUCUGGCAAGAUUAUGCGACGAGUUCUGCGGAAGAUUGCCAUCAACGAUCGAGAGAUUGGCGACACUUCGACCCUGGCCGACGAAGCAAUCAUUGAGCAGCUCUUCGCCAACCGACCGGUAGCUUAAGAUUGUUCCUUGUACUAGUGAUCUCAACGGCAGAAAGGUCGGAACGAUUUGGAACUAGUUUAGAGUUUAGAGAGAACCGGUAUCAUACGGGAAUGAUAUCAUGACGUAAACUGACACAACUUAUAUCGGAUAUACUUACCUUAACCAAUCUAUUUUGGCGGGCUUAGCAAUUGGCUAAGUAAGAAAGACUUUAAUGGGAAACUGUAAGAUCUUGCUCGAGAAUGGUGCUAACGACAGUGACAUGCAUGGAAACCAUGAACCGAUUAGAA